AUGAGCAACGAUAGCAACGAUAAUAGCGCUAACAGCAGCAAUCUUGCAAACAUGGUUCAAGAACGCAAAGUUUGGUUGGAAGCUCACGGUGCCAUGGAAGGCAUUCAAGAAGGUGCCUACCAAAUCAAAGCCGAAUUAGUGGACCAACGCCAUCUAGAAAACCUACAGCUGACUCCAAAUUCCAAACUCAUUCAUUUUCAACGUCAUGCACAAGGAUAUCACAAUUUGAUUUUUCGAAUCUUGGAAGAAAAUGGUUUGCCCAUUACCGACAUUUACAAUCCAGAUCCUGCUGUGAAUCCCUUUGUCAAACCGGAAAUUCGGGAUUCGCCCCUGACGGAAUUGGGACGGAGUCAAUGUUUGGAACAACGCAUCAAGGUUGAGAAAUUGGGGAUCAAGCCCGAAUUGGUCAUUGUAUCUCCCAUGCAUCGGGCGCUAUUGACGGCACUCUUGACUUUUUCACAACCACCAAGAGAUCAUGAUACUACUCAUAAUGAUACUCAUAGUGAUACUCAUAAUGAGAAUGAGAAUGAUGCUGGUCCAUCCUUUGUGGCCCACAGUGGAUGCCGGGAAGAAUUGGGAAUCCUCACUUGCAAUUGGAGACGUCCGCUCAGCGAGACACAAAUUGAAUUCCCGCAAGUGGACUUUGGAUCACUCCUAGCAACGGAAGGAGACGAAGAUUCCUUGUUUAAUCUGACCGAACAAGAAAACCCGACGCAUCAGUCCCAACGGAUUUAUGAUUUUCUGGUGGACUACCUUCGGGUGCAACCCCAAUCUGAAAUUGCGGUGGUGGGUCAUUCGGCCUGGCUCUUUACCAUGUGCAAUGCAGUCAUUGAUUGUGGUGACGACGAGGAAUUGACAUCGUGGUUUGGAACCUCGGAGAUUCGUUCCAUGAUACUCACGUGGGAAACCACAAAACGAGGAGACGAAUGA